ACAAACUUCACUUGGCGGACCAGAACUCAUGCUUAGAGAGUGACUCACAGAUGUGUCUGAGCCAGAACAGCGGCAUGUAUCUGACUGUUCUUUCCACUCUUUUCCUCUCUCCUGUGGAGACACACUGAACCUCUCAGUAACACAGUCUCAGUACUGAAGCCACACUAUACUCAAAAGGGUGUUCUGCCGAUCUGUUGUAUAGCUACGAAAAGUUGAUCCGAAAUUGGAAGAAUGAGAAGAGAGAAUGUUGAGAGGCGGAAGUGGAGUUGAGUUGCUUCUCUUCAUGUUUGGCUGGAGCUGAUCCAGAAUCAGAUUUAUGAGAGGCAGCUGCUGAGGGCUUGACAGACAGACGAGUGCAGGGAUUCCUGUGUUGCUGCUGCCGCUGCACAGAGGACGGACAGGCUGUGUGUGAGUGAACAACACAGUAGCAAGGAUGGUACGUGAACAAUACAUCAGCAGUACAGAUGAGUCUGGUGUGCCGACACCAGUUACUGACUCCAUCUAUAAGAUUGGCAUCUAUGGAUGGAGGAAACGUUGCCUUUAUUUAUUUGUCUUGCUUCUCAUCAUCAUCCUGGUGGUGAAUUUUGGCCUUACAAUCUGGAUACUGAGAGUGAUGUGGUUCAAUACGGAAGGCAUGGGAUACCUCCAGGUCAAAGAAGAUGGGGUGAGGUUGGAGGGAGAGUCUGAGUUCCUUUUCCCACUUUAUGCUGAAGAGAUUGACUCCAGAGAGGACUCAGCUCUGCUGGUGCACUCCACUGAUAAUGUUACACUCAAUGCUCGCAAUGAAAACGGAGAUGUAACUGGAAGCGUGUCUGUAGGUCCAAGUCAAGUCAAUGCCUUUGGGCAACAUUUUACUGUCAGCUCAAGUGACAAGAAUCUGUUUUAUGCUGACAACAAAGAAGCGGUUGUGGGAACAGGAAAACUCAGAGUUACAGGACCUCAAGGUGCACUUUUUGAGCACUCUGUUGAGACUCCAUUGGUCAAAGCAGAGCCUCUGAGAGACCUUAGGUUGGAGUCUCCAACACGGUUUUUGAGCAUGGAAGCCCCCAAAGGUGUUCAUGUCAAAGCCAUGGCAGGAAAUAUAGAUGCCGAAUCAAGCCUGGAUGUUAUUUUGCACUCAACCGAGGGUCUUCUGGUUUUAGAUGCUGAGACCAUUCGUCUUCCAAAGUUACCCAUGGGUGAAGCAGGAUCACCAGGUGACUCUCAGGGGCUGUACAACUUGUUUGAAGUUUGUGUGUGCCCCAGUGGCAAGCUGUUCCUCUCCAGAGCUGGUCUCUCCUCUACUUGCAGUGAUAGCCAGGAGUGCUGAAGUCCAUAGCAUCUGUAGACUGAAGUUAUAAUGAUUUGGUUCGCGUUCUCCUGCUGAAUCUUCUACAGAGGGCUCUUGUUUCAAGUGGAACAUUGACUUAACAUGAAAAUAGCAGGAAGCACAUCAUUCUCAGGUGGCCAUAAUUUUAUCUUGAGUACUAUUUCAUUGUCACCAAUACUGGCAAUACCAUUGUUUGUGAGUGGUAAUUAUCUUUCACUUUUAUAUUUUUUUGUUUCUUUAAUACCAAACUAGGCUGGGCAACAAGGGGCUGGUCACCAGCAUGCAUCCUAUGCAAUAUGAUUUUAUAGUGCAAUAUGCAAAACUUGUUUAGUAAAUAUAAUGACUUUAAAAGAAGAGCAAGAGCAAAAAUAUUGUUCCAUAUAUGGAAUCUAUUCAGCUUAAUUUUAGGUGUAGCUGUACUAAAUUACCUUUCAUAAUAUGGGCCUUAUGCAAUUUUACUUAAUUUGCAUCAGUGUAAUUAAAAUCAGAGCAGUGUUGAGAUUUAAAUAAACUAGGAUCUGUAAAACAUUUCUUUGUUUGCAAAAAUGAAGAUGGUCCAAGUAAAUCCAGCCACAACAUAUCUUUUUGGUUAUUUGAAUGAUUAGUUUUGAUGUGUUUUUGGUUAUUAUUUGAGUAACAAAAAAAAUUUGAUUUUUGUGUGUGUUAAUAAAGUAUUUGAUUUUCA